UGGAAACUGCUUGGCAAAUGCUGGCAGGCAGAGGCGGCCAGCAGCCGCUCGCACUACCCAGCUCCCGGCACCCGUUGUGGCGACACGAGCACGCCUGGCGGUGUGUGGCAUGUGUGCGGCUGGACGUCAAUAGAUGCUGAGAGACCCGACCAAGGCAGCCGGUGGUUACUGUCCCCACCCUCCCCGUGCAGCUCCUCACCAGAGACAGCCACUGUCCAGGCUGGCCUGGGCUGUGCCACCUUCUCCACAGGCUCUGAGAAGAGCUCCGAAGCACACAGUUGCUGGGAGUGUCAGUGGCCCACGUGCUCCGGAGCAGACAAGACAUCAGAAGUCUGAGCGCCACUGGGGAGGGUGUGGCACCGUUUCCUACCGCCCUCCUCUCACACUUUCCACCGGAUCCAGCUUCAGUCCCUGCUUCGCUUGCUGACGUCACACCAGGACCGGUUUGGUCCCCGUGGCCGCACACCAAAGCUGCUUAGAGGAAGCUCCGGAGAGCACCCGGUUGCGAGGGUGUUGCAGGCUUCUGCUCAUCUUGCUGAGACGUUCCAGCACAAGGCAGAACGGAGCCACACUGUCUUUCAGUCCAGUCUGUCUCCUGGGAGCCCUGAGCAGCUACUCUGUCAGCCCAAGGAAAGGUUCUAGAAGAGACCGUGGCUGUCCCCUGGGAGAUUCAUGGGCCAGAAAAAGAGCCUCAAGGAGUGGCCAGGGGCCACACACACACCAUGCUGCAGUGCAGACCACCCCAGGAAUUCAGCUUCGGGCCCCGGGCCCUGAAGGAUGCCCUGAUCUCCUGCGAUCUGGCCCUGCAGCAGCUUUACACCUCAGCCUUCUCCCCAUCGGAAAGGCUUUUCCUGUCUGAGGCCUACAACCCUCAUCGGACCCUCUUCAGCACACUGCUCAUCCACUCGGCCUUUGACUGGCUCCUGAGUCGCCCAGAGGCCCCUGAGGAUUUCGAGACCUUCCAUGCUUCCCUGCAACUCCGGAAGCAGAGCCUGGCCCGGAAACACAUUUACCUGCAGCCCAUAGAUCUGAGUGAGGGGCUGGCGGGAUGCCCCCUGCUGGACCACCUUCAAAGCUGUGCGGAGGCUUUCUUCCUGGGCCUUCGAGUCAAGUGCCUGCCCUCAGUGGCUGCCGCCUCCAUCCACUGCUCCUCAAGACCCAGUCAGGAAGCUGAUGGGUUCCAGCUUCACACAGAUGGCAUCCUGUCCUUCUUGAAGAACAACAAGCCAGGGGACGCACUGUGCGUGUUGGGUCUCACGCUGGCCGACUUGUACCCCCAUGAUGCCUGGACCUUCACCUUUGGCAGGUUCCUUCCGGGGCAUGAAGUGGGUGUGUGCAGCUUUGCUCGAUUCUCUGAGGAGUUUCUGCAGGCCGGGCCCAGUGUUCCUGACCCAGCUCUGCUGGAGGCAGCCGCAGAUGGCCCCGAGACACUGCCACACAAGGGGGGCCGGACCAUAUGCUUCAGUGCCCUGGGCAUGGUUCAGUGCUGUAAGGUUACCUGCCACGAGCUGUGCCACCUCCUGGGCCUAGGGAGCUGUCGUUGGCUCCGCUGCCUCCUGCAAGGGGCACUUAGCCUGGAUGAGGCCGUACGGCGUCCCCUGGACCUCUGUCCCAUCUGCCUGCGGAAACUGCAGCACCUCCUGGGCUUCAGGCUCCUGGAGAGGUACAAGAGACUCCAGACUUGGACCCGAGUGACAGUGGAGAUGUGGUCUGGACAAGAGACUGGGGAACCAUCUGUGUCAGAGGAAACACUGCCCUUCAGUGCCGACUCAGGCGUGGGCUGUGAGAGCGACACAGAGCCUGUGACCAGCCCAUCAGAGCCCGUCACCCCUGACGCGUGGAGUCAUGCCUUCCCCGAUGGGCCUGAACCAGGGUCUGAGGAUGGGCUGAGCUCUCUGGUGGCCUCAGAAGAGUUGCCGAAACUCGGGGGCCCCGUGGAGGCCAUUGAGGAGUAUGGACGGUGGCUGGAUGCAUGCAUCCGGGCCCUGGAGAGGGAAGUGGCUGAAGAGGAGUUGGUCCAGGUCGAUGCAGCUGUGGACGCCCUAGGCCGGUGGGAGAUGUUCACAGGGCAGCUCCCUGUCACCAGGCAGCACCUUCCCUGUGCCAAGGAUAAUGUGGGGCUGCGCAGGGUCCUGGGGGAUAAGUUCUUUUCCCUGAGGCGGCGGCUGAGCUCUCGAAGACUAGCCAAGGCCAGUUCUUCCCACUGCCGCUGGGGGGCGGAGAAUUAAUGCAGCGAGAGGGACCAUCUGAAACAGUGAAGUCAGCUCCUGGUAUUUUUUUCCUGAAGAUACCAACCGACCAUGCCUGCCCAGUGACUGAGGGUAGUCUGGUAUCUUUAGGAUUAAAAGAAAUGUCCCCAGAAGCUGAGGAAAUGCUCCUUGGGUGCUUGACCACAGGGUCCCCAUGUUAUGGGGCCUGCAGCCAUGGUCGAGAGGCAGGAGGUAGUCACAUGCUUGCUUCCUCCCUACAGGAGCGGGCAUUGGCCUGUCAAAUUAAUCAUAGCUGGAGCUCUGGACUACCCUGGGGCAUGGAUUUUGUAGCUAUGUGUGUUUCUGUCGCUGUGUGUCUGUGCACAUGAGUGCAGCUGCCCUCAGAGGCCAGAAGAGGGUGCCAGAAUCCCUGGAUGCCAUUACAGGAAGUUGUGAGCCUAUGUGGGAGCUUGAAUUGAACUCAGGCCCUCUGCAAGUACAGUGCACACCUUUAAUGUCUGAGCCCUCUAUCUAUUCAGCACUGUGUCUUGACAACCUAGUGUCACUCACAUGGGGUGCUUUCUGCUCCUCAAGGCUGGCUCAGGUCUUUGUGGAGCUCCUGGAGAAAUCGGGUGACUAUGAGUAGGUUCACAGGGUUGGACAUGGAAGGCAGAGAUCCUUUCUCCAACCCUGAGGCUGCUGCCUGUACUGUUGCUACCAGUUAGGCCAGUGUGGCGGUGGGGGCUUGCCCUCUGUCUUUGAUGGCAUUUUCCCUGUUGCAUUCUAUAAACUCCUGAUGGAAGAACAGUGUUAAAAUUAUUCAUCCACAGCUGUGUUUUUCUC